AUAUCUCGAGAGACCUAAAAUCAAAAUUUUCAAUAAUUAUGUAAAAUAUAAAAAAAUUAAAUUAAAUUAAACUCGAAAGUUUUGAGAAUUAUGUUGUUUACCCCUAAACUUUAAAUUAAUUUUACUGAGUCGCCCCUGACUUGUGCUCUUAGAGCACGAUUGACAUUUCAUAGUGCUAAUGCACACAUCCAAAUGCAAGUGUAUAGUAACAUUUCAUUUUUGUUAAGUCAAUUAUCAUAGAACUAAAAUAAAAUAAAAUAUGUCAUGUGUAAUUUGCAGUUGCAGCUUACGAAAGAUAUGAUUCUUGAUAAAAAAAAAUAUGAAAGACGAGGAUUAGUGGGUACAUAGAAGUGUGUCCUUGCUAAUAGAGAAGAGUGCUUUGUAUAAUUGUGUCUGUAGUAAUUUUGUGAUGCAUCUAGUAAUUUCUUAUUUGUGGCGUUUUGGUGUUGUUGGUGAUUUCGGAUUGAUAGUUUAGAGUAAAGCAUCUAGUACCCUUAAACUAUGACCAAAUUUGUUACGACAUACUCGAACUUCAUGGGGAUCCUAUUACUUCUGAACUAAAUUUUAGCGUAUUUUUAUCAACUUUUUUAGCUGACGUGACACCUUUGACGUGAAACUCAUUUUAUGUAAUAAAUGUGUCACGUCAGCACAAAAGGGCAACAAAAAUCUGCUAAAAUUGAGUUCGGGGAUAAUAGUACUCCUGUGAAGUUUUAGUAUGUCGUAGCAACUUUGAUCAUAGUUCGGUUAUACUGGCCUGGAUGCUUUUCUCGAUAGUUUAUAAUAUUAAUCUGUGGGUGUCUUCUUUCUUGUAUUGUAUCAUUCUAUUGUGUAUUUUUAUGUUUUUUAUUUGUUGUAUCGUUAUCUGUCCUAAGUCAGGGGUCUAUCGAAAACAACCUCUCUACUUUAUCUGAGAUAGUAAUAUGAACUGCGGAUACUUUACCCUUUUCCGACCCCUAUUUUAUGGGAUUACACGGAAUAUGUUGUUGUUUCUACGUGUAAUUUGCAUGGAUUAACUAAUUGAGGCAUAAGUGUUUCAUUUUUGACUAUUUGGCAUUAAAAUAAGUAAUGAAGUGGAGUGUAAGUAAAUGCAUCCAUCAAUAUUAAAGUCCCACAAUACUUAAAAAGAAUUUAAGUUUUAUAUAUUUUCAGUGUACAAAUUAUUUUAUAUUAUCAGAUAAAUUUGAUCGACUAUUGUAGGUUAUUUAAUUUUUUUAAAUUUUUUUUAUGUAAAAUAAAUUGAGUAACCUACAACAUCAGAUCAAAUUUAUCUGAUAGUGUAAAAUAUUUAUACACUGACCGCGAAAAAAAAAAAAAGAACUCAUACUUAAAUGACCAUACUAGUCAUGGGUUGUCCAGUUUUUCAGCUUGAAGAUCUGUGCAAGCUCAAACUUCAAUUUCCAAUUAGCUCAUAGUCUAAAUAAAUUUAAUAAUAAUCAUUUAUAAGAACGUUGGCGUAACCGGUAAAGUUAAUGGUCAUGUGAUCGGUAGGUUACAGAUUCGAGUUGUGAAAAUAAUCUCGUGGAGAAAAGCAGGCAGGAUAAGACUACGUACGAUAGAUACUAGAGGUUCGGCUCUUUUCGAAAUCCAUCGCAAUACGAAAGCUUAAUGCAUCAAACUGUAAUUGAGGACUUAUAAGUGAACUUACAUACACUUAUGAAUAAUUAUAUCAGAAGUAUAAAAAAUAGCAGAUAGUAACUAUAAAAAAAUUAUACAAAAGUCGAAGUACAAGAAACGACAGGAGUACUAUAAUCCAAAUGUAAGUACUUCCUACGAUUAAUAUUUAAGUGAUCUUAUCACAUAAAAAUAUCUUAUUUUACUACGUACAUGACAUAAAGAGGGGCCUUGGAAUAACUGGUAAAGUUGUUGCCAUGCGAUCAGUAGGUCACCGGUUCAAUUCUUAGAACGGCCCCUUGCAGAAAUGUAAGAUGAGACUGCAUGCGUACAAUAGAUCCUUGUGAUCGAGUCCUUCCCCGGACCCUACGUAUAGCGAAAACUUAGUGCACUGGGCUAGGAAGGGGAGCCUUUGAGUAACUGACAAAGUUUCUGCCAUGUGAUCAGAAGGACAUGGAUUCAAGCUCGAAAACAGUCUCUGAUAGAAAUGCAAGGUAAAGCUACGUACAAUACACUACGUACAAUAUACCCUUGUGGAGACGUUCUUCUCCGAACUCUGCACAUAACGGAAACUUUAAUACACUGAACUUUUUUUUUUUUCUAUGUACAUGACAUAUAAAUAAGAUCAUUCCCUAAUUCCUACUACAUCAUAUAUCUCGUGAAUGGCUUUUAUUGGCCUUUGUUCCCCUCAACAAAGCCAAAACGGUGAGUAAAUGCUACCACCAAAUUAAGUAUUUGUGAACUUCACAAAAAGCAUACACCAAAAAUAUACACAAAAUAUACACUUUCUCUUCACUUUUUGUGCAUUCUUGAAAUCAAAAACAAAAAAAUGGAAUCAACUCUAUGGAACAUUGAAGACAAAUGGAACCUCUCAACACAAAAAUCCAUUGCAUUUUUCAUUUGCAUUUGCUGUUUAGUCAUUGGUAUUUGCAUAGUUACUUUUUUCAUCAAAAGAAGAGCAUCCAAUAGAAGAAAAGGGCUAGUGGGCCAAGAUCCAUGCAGCACGAAUAUCGAUACAGAGUGGUCUGAGUCUGAGUCAAAGUUACUGAGUACUUUACGGUGGAGUGGGCCAAAAAGUAGGAGUCAUAAGGAACGAGUUUCUCCGUUACUUGUUGCUGCAGGUCAACUUGAGGCGGGCGAGUCUAACAGGUGGCACAGCCAUAACUCGGACUCGCCCGUGUGGCAAAGGCCUAUAUUGAUGGGUGAAAAAUGUGAGCUACCAAGGUUCAGUGGGCUUAUUUUGUAUGAUGAGAGAGGCAUGCCGGUUCGUCAUGUUCACAAUGAUCAAUUCAGCGUUAAUCAGGAAAAUGUGCAUGUUGUUGGGAGAACUACUCUGAAGGACUUGCUGCUGUAAAUUUUGCUUUUGAUAUAUUCACAAAAUUUUGUAUAAAAAUUAUGCAUCAACUUAUGAGAAUGACAAAAUUAAGCAAAAUCUCGCAAGUUGGUGCAUAUUUUCUGCUUUCCUCGUGACAUGUUUUAAAAUUUCAAGUUCCUAAUAUGCAUUUGUAUUUUCUUAUAAUUAUAUACAAUAUAAAGGUUGUGAUGGUUCGGAUA